GCUCCUAGAUUCAUUACAAAUUUGUGGAGCCCUGUUUAUAAUGGUGAUCAGAUGUGAAUGCAGGAGAUUAUAUAUUCUCUCAGCCGAGGGGGAGGGGCUUAGACAGGAAGAGAACCCUGGCCUGAGCCGAUGACCUCAUCAGAUGUGAGACAGGAGGCGGAGUUCAGACUACAGUCCAUCCUGUGAGUCGUGUGGAGGAGCUGCAGUCUCCGGAUCACAGCUGUGUCCUGAUGCAGCAGAGCUAGGGAGCAGGAGACCUAGCAGGAUGCCUUCUUGCAUUGUUCAAGGCUGCACCUCUUCUUCGAAAACCAAAGACCCGGCUCCGGUUCUUCACGCUUUCCCACCAGAAAUUGAUUGCGUGAAGACAUGGCUCCUGCAGACGGAACAAGAUUUCGGAAACUUGGAGGACUUGAGCAAAAAAAUAUCAGAAGCACCAAGAGGAAGUUACCGUAUGUGUUCUCUUCACUUUGGCAAAGAGUGCUACGAAAUUAGAGGACGGUCAUAUUUUCUGAAAAAGGGAGCGGUCCCUACCGUAUUCCCUCAAAGAAGAGCCCCAGGAGAUGUUAUCGAGGUUGGAGCAUACAAACCCCUAAAACGAUCAAAAAGAAGUGUCAGUGUCACUUUGACCGAAUCGGCCAUGACCACCAAGGAGCAUAGUUAUGCUGGAGCAGUACAAACUCCAGUCCACCAUGGGUCUGACCAUAACCAAGAAAUUAUCAACAUUAUAAACAAUGAACCCACAAUGGAAGUUGAAAUAAUGCCCGAUUCUCCCCCAAAAUUUCCACUUGAAGACAACUCGCCAAGAUUUGCAAGAAGGAAAAAAGUCAAACUAUCCCCACUCCCAAAGCCUAUGGGCAAAGUGACGGAAUACAACUCUCGCCAGGUGCACCGCGGUACAAACACCGAUCCUUAUUUUGGAAAAUCGCAUAAAAAAAUUUCUGUUAAUAUCAAUCCAAAGCACUUUUCAAUUGGCAUUCAGUGUAACCUAUUAAAUUUACCUACAUUACAGGACAGUAUAACACAAAGCCUGACUAUGCCGUCUAUUGAUACUGUAGGCUUGUCAAAUAGAAUACGAAAAAUGGUGCUACAUCGGGGGAGGGUCUUUGUUAUGUUAGUUUAGGUGACUAUUUUUGCAACAUCUUGCACCUGCAAUAUAUCAUAUAUUUACUGGCAAGAAGGCCACUUCUUUGUCUUUAGUCCCCUCAACGAUAUCCCAGCUACCAGCCAAAAAGACUUAUGGGAUAUUAUAACAAGUAAUGUCAUUGAUGUAUCUGAUAACUUAAAGCGGUACUCCAACCCUAGACAUCUUAUCCCCCUAUCCAAAGGAUAGGGGAUAAGAUGUCUGAUCGCAGGGUCCCACCGCUGGGGACCCCUGCGUUCUCAGCUGCGGCACCCCAGACAUCUGGUGCACGGAGUGGACUUCGCUCCCUGCCGGACGACUGGCGAUGUGUGGUGGAGGCUCAUGACGUCAUGGCCAUACCCCCUUAAUGCAAGUCUGGGAGGGGGCGUGUCGGCCGUCAGGCCCCCUGCAUAGACUUGCAUUGAGGGGGUGUGGCCGUAACAUCACGAGCGGGGCACGACCAUGACGUCACUAGGCUCCGGCGCUUCACCAGGCGCUCUAGACGAAUGCCAGGUACAACAGGGAGAUUGUGGGGGUUCCCAGCUAUGGUACCUCAGACAUCUUAUCCCCUAUCCUUUGCCCCGCGAUCAGUACCCCUUUAACCUGACUACUAUUCAGAUGGCAAUAUGCACUCUCCUCCAAGGCUAAUGACUACUUCUGAAAUUGGGUGUAGAAGGUCAUCUAUAUAUUCAUGGAAAUGUCUUCGUUCUUCAUCUGUUUCUUACAAUAUAUUACUACUUGGAGUUGGUAGCAUCUCCAUUUUUUGGGGGAACUGGAGUAUAAGAUCGGGACCCGUGGAUCAAGCUACAUAUAGUUGGAUGUCUAACAUGGUGGAUACUUGGUUGGCUCAAAAAUCCUCUGUGGUGUUAAGCCAAGAACCAAAGCUUCGUAUGAUCAUGGUGACAUCUGAAAAAAGUGGCUAAGGGAAAUUGCCGAAGUCCCGAAGGAGGUGGAUACAUCCCAAAUGUCAAGAAGCCAUGCCAAAGAAUUGAAGAUAUUCUGGAGCUCUAACCUGUUAUUUAAUUCCAAGUGCCAUGAGUUUAAUUUAUUUAUGAUUCUGUUUCAGCUGGUUGCCUCAGACUAUAAUAAAAUCAUGAGUAGUCAUCUGGCCACGUGACAGAAGUCCUGGUUAAAGUUCUGCCAUAUAUAGAUUCAUGUCUGGAAAGAUGAAGAACCAUAUGCUAGAUGUUUUGCUUUGUGAUGUUGAAGGGAAGAAGAGUCACUUGGUCUUCAAAAACCUAGCUCCUAAACGUAAUUCUUACCAUAUACCAUUGCUAGUAUUUGUGUGUUAAACAGUCUAUACUACUAUCAAUAGGUCAUGUGGAUGUCUACGAGAAGUAGGACAAGGCUAUAUGAAAUGUCGUCUUGGUUUUCUGUUUAAUUUCUCAGUUAUGAAGACUUGUCUGUCCUAUCACAUUACUCUGUAAUAUCUUAUGUUUUCUAUUAUGUGUCUUUCAUUACACUGCAAUAAAAGUUUUCAGAAACUGAUGUUCUCGAUAGGAUUGUCUAACGGUCUGAUGUGUAUGGGGGUCCCAACUACCCCUGAUGAUGGAAUAUGGCUGGAAUGUAGGAUUUCAACAAAUCUAUUGGGGGUCAA